AUGCCGUGGUGGGUGAGAUAUCAGCCAGCCGGUGAGUUACAAACUUAUCUCGAGAAGUGGAACCGAAGCCAGUUCAAGGACAUGGUGGAACGAUGCAACAAGGUUGGAGUUAGGAUCAUCGUUGACGUUGUCAUGAAUCACAUGGUUGGAGUAGGCCAGAAAUCUGGCGUUAAUGGUCGUAGUUCCAGUGCUGGCAGUACAUAUGAUGGAACAGACGGAGUUGAAUCAUUCCCCGACGUACCUUAUACGUCUGCCCAUUUCAACGAUUUCCGAUGCCAUGGCGACAUUCAAAACAGCGACUAUCAGAACAGCGCCGAACAUGUGAAAAACUGCCGUCUUACUGGACUGCUGGAUUUGAAUCAGGGCGAUGCCACGGUACGAUCCAAGAUAGUCGCCUAUCUCAAUAAGCUGAUUGAUUACGGUGUAGCAGGUUUCAGGUGUGAUGCAUCAAAGCACAUGUGGCCAGGUGAUAUUGGAGCGAUUCUCAAUGCGACGAAGAACUUGCGAGAAGAUAUUUUCGGUGCAAAUCAGCGAGCGUUCGCUGUACAUGAGGUUAUUGAUAGAGGAGGAGAAUCGGUGAAAUGCACUGACUACCUUGGAGUUGGAAGGUAA